AGUCUUCAUCUUUAAACUUCCAAUUACUAAAAUAAAAUAAUAAUGGCGGAGGAGGAGGUGAAGGAAAGAAAUUUCAGAUCGGGAACUGUUCUUUUGAGCAACUCCGAUGCGAUUCUGAAACCGCCAUUGCCUCCUCAUCAAGCUUCUACUUUGUUGAUACACAUUGAUAAUAUUAAUAAUGAACAUCAAAAUCAACAUCAUCGUCGUCACUCUUCUUCUUCUUCCCAAAUUUACCCUACUAAUUCCGAAUUCGAGGAUGAACCUUCCUCUGGCCUUUCACAGCAGCAGGGUCCGAAAGAUGAGUGGCUUCCAAUCACGGAAUCAAGAAAUGGAAAUGCAUAUUUUGCAGCGUUUCAUGUUCUCAAUUCAAAUAUUGGAUUUCAGGCUCUCAUGCUUCCCGUUGCAUUCGCCACUCUUGGUUGGGCAUGGGGUAGUGUAUGUUUGUCUCUGGCAUUUAUUUGGCAGCUAUACACCAUAUUUCUCCUUGUUGAGCUUCAUGAAUCAGUUCCUGGAAUUCGGCACAGCAGAUUCCUUGUUCUCGCUAUGGCUGCUUUUGGUAAGAAACUAGGGAAGGUAGCAGCACUAUUUCCGGUGAGUUACCUCUCCGGAGGAACGUGCGUAAUCUUAAUUAUCACCGGUGGUGGAACCCUAGACCUACUAUUCAAGACACUUUGUGAAAAGGAUAAUUGUACUCUCCACUCACUAACUGGAGUUCAGUGGUAUUUGAUCUUUACUUGCAUAGCCAUUCUCAUAGCUCAGUUGCCAAACCUCAAUUCAAUGGCUGCUGUUUCCGCCGUCGGCUCCGUCGCCGCCAUCGCCUAUUGCACACUCUUUUGGGCCAUCUCCGUCAAGACGGGUAAGCCCAAUGAUGACGUGUCCUAUAGUACAACGAUGCAUGGAAGUAACGUGGCUAAGGCUAAUGACGUUAUGAAUUCCAUUGGAAUCAUUUUGCUUGCUUUCCGGGGCCAUAAUCUUAUACUCGAAAUACAGGGAACGCUUCCAUCAGAUUCGAAAGAGAAAUCCAACGUAAAAAUGCGUAGAGGAGUGAUCAUUUCGUACGCAAUAAUUGCCAUGUGCGUUUAUCCCCUGGCUCUUCCCGGAUUUUGGGCUUACGGAAACCAGAUUGAAAAAGACGGGCUAUUAACUUCGUUUGCACACAUGCACGCUCAUCAAGUGACGAAGUUCACAAUAGGAGCAAUGUACUUUUUGGUAAUUCUACAUUGCCUGAGCAGCUACCAAGUGUAUGCGAUGCCAUUUUUCGACAACAUUGAAUUCAAAAUCACAGCCAGAAAGAACAACAAGUGUCCAAGGUGGGUCAGAACAUGCAUUCGUCUUUUCUUUGGAGGAUUAACCUUCUUUGUAGCCGUGGCGUUCCCCUUCCUACCAUCACUGUCACUUCUUCUUGGUGGAAUCGCAUUCGUGCCAGUGUCUUAUGCAUACCCAUGUUUCAUGUGGGUGGCCAUUAAGAAACCUCGUACGAGAAGCUUCGCUUGGUGCUUCAAUGUUGUUCUUGGUUGCUUAGGAAUGCUCAUUGCUGCUCUUUUGAUAGCUUCGGCUUUGAAGACUCUAAUUGAUAAACGUCUCAAUGCCAAUUUCUUCAAACCGUAAUUAAUAACAUGAACCGAUUUAAUUAAUUAAUUAAUUAAACUAGCAGAAUUAAGUUAAGUCAUUGAAGGUUAAUUGUUAAUUAAUUAAUAACCAAAAUAUAGCUUGUCCAUUGUUAUUAUUCACUGGUUUUUCAAAUGAAAGAAGAAUCGCGUUACAGAGCAGACUUUAGAUCAUUUUUGAUGUCCGUGUGUACACAAAAAUGCAAUUCUGACUUCUGAGUAUGUAAAUAUAUUAAAGUUUGAAUAGCUGUUUGUAGUGCUAUUCAAUCUAUCAGAAUGUCAAAAUUAUUUUGAAAUGGAGUUAUAUAUGAUACACCAUUCCUCUGUUGUAGUGGGA